AUGUCGACGAAAACUAGUCCAAGUAAAGGCAAAGAUAACGCCGAAGUGAUCAAAAACUACCACAAGCAGGCGUUUGAGUACAUCUCCAAGGCCUUGAGGAUCGACGAGAAGGACACUGGAGAGAAAGAGGAGGCUGUCCAGUGGUACAAAAGAGGGAUUUCUGAGCUUGAAAAGGGCAUUGCAGUGGAGAUAAAUGCACAAGGGGAGCAGUAUGAGAGAGCCAAGAGACUGCAAGAUAAAAUGGUCAACAAUCUUGCUAUGGCUAAAGACAGACUGGUCCUAUUAGAGACAACAUUGGCUUCUAAACAGAAGAAUGUUUCUCCACGGACUUCAGCUUCUUUCUUUUCGACUCAACCAAAACCUGUUCCUAAGAGUCAGCCUGCUCCCCGCUCUACACUGUCAAAUAUCAGACCCUCUGCUGUGCGGCCCACAUCCAGAACCAGCGAUUUCAAGGUAACCCCGACCACUGCCAAAUCAAAUGGGAAAACGGCAGCUGUAAAGCAACCAGUGAAGAGGGAAAUGAAAAAUUUCAAGAAUGUAGACAGCAAACUGGCAAAUUUGAUCCUCAAUGAAAUUGUUGACAGUGGAGCGACCGUGUCAUUUGAAGACAUUGCAGGACAAGAAAUGGCAAAACAAGCACUCCAAGAGAUUGUUAUUCUUCCUGCCUUACGACCAGAGCUCUUCACAGGACUUAGGUCACCAGCAAGAGGGUUACUUUUAUUCGGACCCCCCGGGAAUGGAAAAACUAUGUUGGCCAAAGCUGUAGCUGCGGAGUCCAACGCUACGUUCUUCAACAUCAGUGCUGCGAGUUUAACCUCUAAAUAUGUUGGUGAGGGGGAGAAGUUAGUUCGAGCUUUGUUUGCCGUUGCCAGGGAGUUACAACCCUCAGUCAUCUUCAUAGAUGAAGUUGACAGUUUACUGUGUGAGAGGAGAGAGGGGGAGCAUGACGCCAUGCGCAGACUUAAAACAGAGUUCCUUGUGGAGUUUGAUGGGGUGCAGUCCGGGGGAGACGACAGAGUUCUUGUGAUGGGAGCGACCAACAGGCCCCAGGAGCUCGAUGAAGCUGUGCUGAGGCGCUUUGCAAAAAGGAUAUAUGUGACGUUGCCAGAUGAACAGACGCGGGCACUUUUGCUUCAAAAUCUAUUGUGUAAGCAAGGGAAUCCCCUGAACAAAAGUGAAAUGUCCAACUUGGCAAGGAGGACCCAAGGCUAUUCAGGAAGUGAUUUAACUUCAUUAGCCAAAGAUGCUGCACUUGGACCAAUAAGAGAGUUGGGGCCACAGCAGGUCAGACACAUGGCUGCCAGUGAGAUGCGAAACAUUAACGUAAAGGACUUUGAUGAUUCGCUGAAGCGCAUCAAACCCAGUGUUAGCCCCACAACACUCAACAUGUACUCCAAGUGGAACCAGGAUUAUGGUGACACAACAGCCUUUUGA